AUGUGUGACCGAAAGGCCGUGAUCAAAAAUGCCGACAUGUCAGAGAAGAUGCAACAGGCCUCGGUGGAGUGCGCUGCACAGGCGCUGGAGAAAUACAACAUCGAGAAGGAGAACACCGCAGCCCAUAUCAAGAAGGAGUUUGACAAGAAGUACAACCCCACCUUGCACUGCAUCGUGAGGAGAAACUUCGGUAGUUAUGUGAAACAUGAAACUAAGCACUUCAUCUACUUCUACCUGGGCCAAGUGACCAUUCUUCUGUUCAAAGCUUGUUAA